AUGAGGCAAUACAAGGGGAUGGAGGCAGCGCAUCAGAAGGAGGAGAAUCCUGAAGGAUUGCGCCAAAGAGGAAGAGGCAUCACCCGGGGACACGUUACUGGUUGUAGAACCGAGAAGAGGAACCAGAAGCGAGAGCAGAAUGAGCUGGAAGACCUGAAGAAUGAGAUUGAGAAGAGGCAGGCAAAAAAUGGCACCAAAUUCCCAGAGAAUUCCCAGCUGGACACGCCGGCACAAGGGCGAGAAGAGAAGAACCAGCAACUGGACAUGAGGAGCACCAUCGGCAGGUGUGGAAAAGUGACUUUCCAACUCCCAGCCGAUGCUUCUCCGGAGUUGGAAGAGAGAUCCUGUCACUUCUCCUGGAGGAAUAGCACGUUGAAGGAGACCCUGAGGAAGCUGCAAGCCACGGUGACGCUGGACCCGGACACUGCCCAUCCCGACCUCAUCCUGUCGGAGGACGGGAAGAGCGUGAGGCGCGGGGCAGGGCGCCGGGACGUGCCGGACAACCCGGAGCGCUUCGAUUACUGGCCCUUCGUGCUGGGCUGCCAGAGCUUCGCGGCCGGGCGGCACUGCUGGGACGUGGAGGUGGGCGACAGCGGGGACUGGGCACUGGGGGUGGCCCGAGAGUCCAUCCACCGCAAGGGGCACCUCAGCCUCUGCCCGCAGGGGGGGAUUUGGGGCUUGGAGAAGUGGGGGGGCCAGGUCCGGGCUCUCACCGCCCGCAAGGUGACGCUGCUGCCGCUGCGCUGGGUACCGCGGAGGGUCAGCGUCCACCUGGAUUACAGCGGCGGGACCGUGGCGUUCUUCGAUGCCGAGGAAGGGGGGCUCAUGUUCAUCUUCUCCCGCGCUUCCUUCACUGGGGAGAGGGUCCGACCUUGGCUCUGGGUGGUGGGAGCCAGGUCCCAGCUCAGGCUGUGCCCCUGA